ACAGACAAGUGGUUUCAAAAAUAUUUUGGCUGAUCCUUCAAGUUAUCCUGCAUACACAGAUUUAUUGAAUGAAAUUUUGGCAGAAUUAUUUCCUGCAACUGGGAGUGUGAAUACUGGAAAACCAGUCAAAGAAGAAAACGCUUAA